AUGAAUGAAAAUCAAAAAGAUAAUGAAAAAGAAGCACAAAGGGACAGUGAACUUUUAAGAGAAAGUUUAUUAGAUGAUCAAUUCGAAGAAAGCUCUUCAAAUAGGUUUCUUCUGUUUAACAAUGAAAAUCCAAGUGAAACAGACAAAACACAUUCGCAGCAGAAAUUAAAAGCCGAAAAGCCAUAUAUGCACAAGAAUUUAAUGAGUAAUUUUUCCGUAGAAAAAUGUAAAGAAUUCUUGUCAAAAAUGGAAAAAUCCAAUAAAGAUAUAAACAGUAUGGAUGCAGAAAGUAUAAUAAUUGACAAGGAUAUUCUUGAUCAUUCCAAUUACAACAAUGACAAAGCAUGUGUUGUUAUGGAUGUUUCCAUGGGUAUUUUCGAUGUUCACAAUGAAAAUUUAAGUGAAUGUAAACUGAAUGACAUGAAUAUAACAGUGUCUGAAGUUGUAAAUCGGGUAAAUAAAAAUUUUGGUCAAAAAAGAGAGUAUUCUUUGCUAACGCUUAUUUAUGAAUCAGAUGAGCAACAUGAAAAAGAUCUUAUUCAAGAAAUUUGA